AGAGAAGAUAUUUAGUGUGACAAAAAAUGGUGAUGACGUCAGCAACAUCCUUAAUUUUGUUGCUACUUAUGUUUGCUGCCUUAGCAGCUGGUGGAAGAACAAAGAUGUUAAGGGAAUUGGAAUCCAAUAAUCAUGGAGAUGGAAUGUGCAAGCUUGUGAUAGAAACACAAGGAUAUAGUUGUGAAGAUCAUAAGGUGACAACAGAAGAUGGAUACAUCCUUAGCAUGCAGCGGAUUCCGGCUGGGCGGUGGGGACCCGGGAAGAAGAGUGGGCCGAAGCCCCCGGUUCUACUUCAACACGGCCUACUGACGGAUGCCUUGAUAUGGUUGGAUAUGCCUCCUGAUGAAGCUCUAGGGUUCAUCUUGGCGGACAACGGGUUUGAUGUUUGGUUGGCCAACGUGCGAGGCACGACCCACAGUAGUAGCCAUACCUCGCUUAGCCCUAAUGAUCCGGAAUACUGGGAAUGGUCGUGGGACGAGCUAGCAGCAUACGACCUCCCAGCCAUGGCCGAGCACGUCUACCACCAAACAGGGCAGAAGAUCCACUACGUCGCUCAUUCAUUGGGAACCUUGAUGGGAUUUGCUGCGUUUUCGAGGCACAGGCUUUUGGAGAUGGUUAGAUCAGCUGCUAUGCUUAGCCCCAUAGCUUAUGUGGGGCAAUUGCCAUCUCCCGUUGCUAGAGCUGGUGCUGAUAUAUUCUUGGGUGAUGCGUUUUAUUGGUUGGGAGUCAGAAAAUUCAACCCACACGAGAAACAAGGUCCUCCUUCCAAACUCGCUGCUGAUAUCUGCACCAAAAUGAGCUGUUUUAAUAUACAGGAUCUUAUAUCAGGCCCUAAUUGUUGUAUGAACACUUCAAGACCAAAUUUUGAUAAGCAAGAACCAACGUCAACAAAGAACGUGAUUCAUCUAUCUCAGAUGAUUAGGAAAAAGAACAUAGCGAUGUACGACUAUGGCAUCAUAGCGGGGAACCGCAAGCACUAUGGACAGGCGAUGCCUCCCGAGUAUGACAUGACUAGAAUCCCGAGAGAUCUUCCUCUCCUCCUGAGCUACGGAGGGAAGGAUCUUCUCUCGGAUGUGAAGGACGUGCACACGCUCAUUGAGGCGUUAUCGAAUCAUGACCCGGAUAAGCUUGUGGUGCAGUAUGUAGAAAAGUAUGCUCACAUGGAUUUUGUUUAUGGUGUGAAUGCUAAGCAAGUUGUGUACAACCCUGUGAUGGACUUCUUUAAAUCGAACUAGAAUUUGUGUACAUUGUAAGUGAAUAACCGAUCUAAGAAAAGAAAAUGGAAGAAAAUGUUAUCAUUGUAAAA